AUGACGCACGCCUGCUUACCCUUGGUUUCCGGUGUCGUGGUUGCUAACUUGUGUUGAUGUAUUUUUCUCCGGACUCGGCUCGUUUUUCUGUAUAUGAAAGUGGGAAAAAUACGCCGCUGACGGAGUGAGCCAGACCCAAAACGAAUCGAAAAGUUUUCACAAGACACGUAAACCUCGUGUUUCAGAUGGAGAAAGUGUAGCAUUGCUUGUGGAAAUGAAUAUUGGCUCUAAAACUAAGAAACGGGUGGUUCUGCCCAGCCGACCCGAGCUCCCCACUGUGGAUCAGCUGCAGGAGGACAUCAACAAAGCUGCUCCUGAUGACCCGGUUUUUAGCAUCCUGGAGAAAACUGAGCAGGCUUCGUCCCGGCCGGCGGACAGCGAGGCGGAGCUGCGGUUCCAGCAGAGCCGCCGCUAUUUGGAUCUGAACGGCCGGCUGGAGGAGGCGCUGGGUCAGCUGCAGGAGCAGAGGGAGGCGCUGCAGACGGCUGGGGAACAGCUGGACAGGACGAUGGAGGAGGUCAAAGGUCAAGUCUGCUGACUGACCACAUCCCAAAGAGAUGCCGCUUCUUCUUCUCUUUAACUGAACUUUGCUACUGGAAACCCAGAUAGACAGUGAUGGCUGACCUUUGACCUCACCUGUAAUACCGCUUCAUGGUCCCUGAAUGGAAAAGUGUUGCGAUCUAAAGUCAGCAGUUUGAGCGUGAAAAUAAAUGAGAAAAUGUGCAGAAAGAAAGAUCAGAGUGGAAAGUCUAAAAAU